CAUCGUGUGGGGAAGGCAGUCUGCCACAAGCUUGGUUUAAGCACAGAGCCCUAAUAAAACUUAUUGAGGACACACAGAGAACUGCAGUACAGAGGGGAUUUGAGAGGAGCUCUGAUUCACACAGCUGUCUGGGAAAUACUUUAUGCUUUGCAAGGAAUUAGAAGAUUGCAUAUCAAGCCUAUUGAUACCAUUUUCUGUCUACUUUUAAAUCUCAAUGUUUGGUAGUUGGCUUUUUAUUCAGUGCAUUAAGGAUGAAAAGACACUAAAAGCUUAAGUUUUUAUUUUAUUUUUGUUCUUGGUGUUGGUCAGCUGAAAUUAAAGGGAGAAAAAAAAGAAAGUCUUCAUUCAUAAAAAAAAAAUACUUAUCUUUCAAAAAAAUGUUCUGGAAUAUGCUAACCAUCCAUUUACUUUUAUCUGUCUUCCUGGGGGCUCUGAUGGCAGGUGUCAGUGCUCAGCGACGUGGUACAGAUAGUAAUGGCAGGCGAUAUAGCCGCAUCCAGCAUGGACAAUGUUCUUAUAUGUUUAUCUUGCCUGAAAAUGAAGGCAACUGUAAAGAGGGAACAACAGACCAAUACAACACCAACGCCCUUCAGAGGGAUGCUCCACUGGUGGACCAGGAGUUUUCUACACAGAAAAUACAACACCUGGAACAUAUCAUGGAGAAUUACACGCAGUGGCUUCAAAAGAUUGAAAACUAUAUUCAGGAGAACAUGAAGACCGAGAUGGCUCAGAUUCAGCAGAAUGCUGUCCAAAACCACACGGCCACCAUGCUGGAGAUAGGCACCAGUUUGCUGAGUCAGACAGCAGAACAGACACGGAAACUUACAGAUGUUGAAACUCAGGUUUUAAACCAGACAUCUAGACUUGAAAUUCAGCUGCUGGAGAACUCGUUGUCUACGAACAAACUGGAGAAGCAGCUGCUGGUACAGACCAAUGAAAUCACCAAACUUCAUGAGAAAAACAGCUUCAUGGAGAAUAAAAUCAUUGGGAUGGAGGACAGGCACAAGGAGGAGCUGGAGACUUUGAGGGACGAGAAAGAGAGUCUCCAUAACCUGGUGGGACGACAAAGUAACAUUAUCCAGGAGCUUGAAAAGCAGUUGAACAAGGCCACUAGCAACAACAGCAUUAUGCAGAAGCAACAGCUAGACCUCAUGGAGAUGGUCCACAGCCUUGUUAACAUUUGCUCCAAAGACGGAGUUGUACCAAACAGUACGAAAAGAGCUGAAGAAAAUACGUUUAAAGACUGUGCAGACGUAUACCAUGCUGGUUUUAACAAAAGUGGGGUCUAUAAUAUCAAUAUCAACAACAUGUCAGAGACUAAAAAGGUAUAUUGUAAUAUGGAGGCUGUUGGAGGUGGUUGGACAGUCAUACAGCACCGUGAAGAUGGAAGUCUGGACUUCCAAAGGACGUGGAAAGAGUAUAAAAUGGGUUUUGGGAGCCCAUCUAGUGAACACUGGCUUGGAAAUGAAUUUGUCUUCCUGCUUACCAGUCAGCGGCAGUAUUCGCUGAGAAUCGAACUGAUGGACUGGGAUGGAACUCAAGCAUUUUCUCAAUACGACAGGUUUCAUAUUGGGAAUGAGAAGCACAAUUACAGGUUGUUUCUAAAAAGUCACAGUGGGACUGCAGGGAAACAGAGCAGUCUGGCUAUACAUGGUGCGGAUUUCAGCACUAAAGAUGCUGAUAACGACAACUGUAUCUGUAAGUGCGCUCUGAUGCUAACUGGAGGUUGGUGGUUUGAUGCCUGUGGACCUUCUAACCUAAACGGGAUAUAUUACAAAUCAGGACAGAACCUUGGAAAACUAAAUGGGAUAAAAUGGCAUUACUUCAAAGGCCCCAGCUAUUCCCUGCGUGCUACAACCAUGAUGAUUCGACCUUUGGACUUCUAAAUAAAACUUGACAUUAACGCUGUUGACACAACUGGCAUCUGAAGAAAGGACUUUGUAAGAAAUCUUCACUGUAAUGACCAAGGAGUCUGAAACUGAUACUUCCUUGUACUGUAAUGGUGCUAGCAGAUUGAUGGCAUUGUAGGACCGAGUCAGCAAAUUUUUGGGCUAUACACUUCAGUUGAAUUUGGCUGUGAAACUGUUGACUGGUGUGGUCAUGGUUAUGAACUUGUGGGUGAAAGAAACUGAUAAUGUCAAUCAGAUGUUGCAAGGUGAUUAUUGUCAAAAAUGCUGUGUCCUGUCCCACAUGACUGGCAGAAAUAUAAAUAAAAUAUAACAUGGCUAAAAAAAAACUAUACCUAUGUAUAGUCUCAAACUAUACAUAAUUUAAAAAGGUACAUGAAUAUUUUGUGAACAUAUAACUGAUUUUGUAUUAGGAAAAGGCACCUGUAAUUUCACAACAGUGAUAAAUAUUUGUUUAUAGCAUUUUCACAAAAAUGUUAGUAUGUGUAUAUUUAAAUUAAGUUGGCUAGGGAAAGUGGUCAUUUUCUCCAAACAAAAUUCUGCAUUAAUGGCACUGCUUUUUAACUCAGCUUACUACAUAAUGUUCAAAGGUCUCUUUCUUUUAUAUUAAAAUAUAUUGUGUUGUUUUUACUACAUAUAUGUGAUCCCAUGUUCAAGUGAUGCAGCUGAACAGAAGCAUGUCACAGUAUUUACAGCCAAUUUAUUUAUCUGGGUUUGAGUUGAGAAACUUGUUGUCAACUCUUUGUAAUAAACCACCCAAGAUAAACGGGUACCAGAGUAUAUUGUUUUUGUUUUUAUUUGCCAAUACUAAUUUCACAAUUCAUAACAUGUUAAUGCUGUUGCACUUCAUUCUGGUUAGUACAUUUCCACGACUGCCUGUUAAUGUAAUAAGUGUUGUCAUAACGCUGUAUUUAUACAAUCUAAUGUACUGUCCUGGUAAGCAUCAUACUUAUAAGAUCACAUAAUAACUGAGGUGAUCCGAUUUUCUUUUGGUUGUUUGGAGUGAUGUGACUCCAUGGUCAAGCAACGCCACAGUGACGUCUCUCUAAAAAUCUAAAAUAAUCGGAUCACAUUCACUAGAGUGGGGAUUCACAAGACAACUUAGAAGUGCUGUCAACUUCACUACAUCGCUGGGAUUUUCAAAAUAAUUCAAAGCACUUCCCAAAUCCCCCCCCAAUAUUUGAGCAGCAGAACAACUCAGACCAAUUGCAAAUAUCAUUAAAAUGUUUUUAAAAAGUAGAAAGUAAAACAAAAAACAACAAAAAUGGAAUAUGCCAUUUGAAGCGACUUUAAACACAAGGAGGGGAUUUUCAAAAGGUCAUAAAUGAUAACUGUAGUGUUAAUCAACAAAUCGCCAUGUGGUAUUGAUUUAGUCAUUUUCAAGCGGUCGUUAUGACUGUUUCAUUAUUAAAUAAUUGUGUUAAUGUGAUUUCUGAAAUUA